AUGCCAGACUGGUCGGAAAAAGACAUCAAAAACGCGGAAGUCGACGUGUCCAAUGGCAAACCCGCGCGCAAAGCCGUCAAAGACUGGGGUAUCCCCUACACCAACCUCUACCACCGGAUCACGCCCGGCAAGAAGACAUGCAGACAGGCCAAGCAGGACGUGCCCCAAAAGUGGUCCCUGGCUGCCUGGGCUAUCUCGCAGGCGGAGCUGCGGUUCCCCGUCACCCGCCCUCAGAUCAAGGAGUUUGCGUUGAAGGUGCUCUCCGCAUAA